GACAGAAGGGGGGAGAGACCGUCACACGGAGCGAAAAGACCAGCAGACACAGACCAACCCGCAGCCAGUCCGCGCACCGGUGCCUUCCUCGCGCGCAGACGCGCAUCUCCAAGCGCGCAGCUCCGCUUCUACCCCACAGACAGAAGUAAACAGAUAAAACUACCUGGAGGAAGGACUCUGGAGGACUGACCUUGUCUCUUGUUUUUGUCAUUCUUGACGUUUUUUUGCGGAGCCAGGAGAAAGUGCGGCGUCUUUUCUUUUAAUUAUCCAGAAGUUGAAGCGAAAGAGUUGGAGGAGGAACACAUUUUUCAUCCCUGAGGUGGAAUGGACCUCCACCGCCCCUUCAAGAUGGACAGCUCCUCCUACCUGCCAGCUCCUCUGGCCUCCCCCGCUCUGAUGGUCCUCGCCUCCACCGCGGAGGCUGGCCGGGACGCCUCGGUCCCCUGCCAGGCGCCCAGACCCUUCGGUGUCCCGGUCUCAAUGGAGAAGGACCUCCACCUCCCCUUCCCCUCCGCCUCCUACACCUUCACCUCCAUGUAUCAGCGGCAGGGCCCCCUGUCGGGCGCCUUCCCGACCCGAGACUUCCCGGCCUCCCUCAUGCACCUCCACCCUCAGUUCACGCCGCCAAACCUGGACUGCUCCACUCUAGGCAUGCUUAACCACAGCGGCGUGGGCGCCUUCCGGCCUUUCUCCUCCCCGCAGGAGGAGAGGGAGUCUGGGGGUUACCAGUCGGCCUUCACCCCCGCCAAGAGACUGAAAAGCUGCUUCCCUGAAGUGGAGGGGAAGGAGUUUGACUUUAGCUCCCUGAAAGCUGGGGAGGAGACGGGGAGGAAGCUGUUCUCCAUGUCCGGCCUGUUGUCUGAUGGAGAGGCUUCUUUGAGCCCGGAGGAGCGUAAAGAGCAGAGCAAGGUGAAGGGCCUGUACGACACUCAGGCCCCGGUGUGUCCCGUCUGCCAGACCGUCCUGCGCCCGGCCGAGCUGCACGAGCACAUGGAGCAGGAGCUAGCCAAACUCGCCCAAAUGCAGAUCAGUCCCACUCCGGUGCAGCAUGAACAGUUUCUGAGGACGCCAAAGUCGCUGCCUCUCUCGCUGCGUAUCAAGCGCGAAGGAGGCUCUCCCACCUCGCCUCCUCGACCGUCGGAGGAUGCACACUCGGACCGAUACCAGACGUUCCUCAGAGUGCGGUCCAACAGACACACGAGGCUUAAUGUCGAUGACCUCUGCUGGUGCAGGUGCUACGUCAAAUCCGGCCCACUGCGGCCGCACAGCGCAGGAGCCCACCUAGACUGCACACAAGCUGUCCGGAUUGGAAAACUGAAGAGAAGGAAACCAGAAGAAGGACAGGAAGGUUCAGCUGAUUUGACGACCCUGGAGAACGACUGGAAUGAGAGGACGAGGAUCCAGAUGACAUCUGCGGGGUUUAAAGCAGGUGCAGUGUUGGUGAGAACCACCUCCAAAGAGUUUCGGGACAGCGACGUGGACCUGGACGUGGAUGGAGACGAUACUCUGGAGUAUGGAAAAGUGCAAUACACAGAAACAGAUGUCAUCCCCUGUUCAGGUGAAAGCUCCAAGGAGUCCGCAGUCAACAGCAGCAGGAACGUUUUACCAGAGUCCAGAGGGAAUACAGAUUUUACCAAAUGGUCAAACGAUGGGAGUCCAUCUACGAGCGCUGCAGAGAAACUCGACAGUGGAGCAACAAGUCUCUCCAAAAAUUGCAAAAACACAAACGUAGAAACGCUCUCAGAGGACUCCGCAUUGACAACAUUGGAUGCACUUAAAGCUCGGAUACGAGAUUUGGAGAAACAGCUGUCUAAAGGAGACAGAUUUAAAUGCCUCAUCUGCAUGGACACAUACACGACCCCUCUGACCUCCAUCCAGUGUUGGCAUGUCCACUGUGAGGAGUGCUGGCUACGAACUUUGGGUGCAAAGAAGCUGUGUCCCCAGUGUAACACCAUCACAUCCCCCGGAGACCUCCGACGGGUUUUCCUCUAACUCUGCCUCAAAAAUUGGCUCUUUUUUUUUUUUUUUGUUCUAUUCCAGCCAAUCAGAAGUGGACCUGUGGGCAGCUGGUCUGUCAUACAUUCCCAAGUUCCUCCUCCUCCUUCCGCGCUCCAGGUUCUGCCAGCAUCCUCCUUUAAACUCCUGACAGUUUGAGGAGCGCGGGACCUGUCUACGAUCUGGAUUCCUGCUGCAGCGUCAGUCAUUUCUGCAGAAACAAGAGCUCAGGCACUAAAGAAAAAAGGAAAAAAAAAAGGAUUUGGGACAAUAUUUAUCAAAUUUUUUACACCGUUUAUCUGUUUUAUGGGACUUGCAAAGCACAUAUUCAUAGUUAAGUGUGUGUGUGAAUGGAGUAAUAUGUGUGUAAAUAAUGUAGCACAACAACCUCGUAUUUGCUGUUCCUGAUCAUUUAGCUGCUUUCUGUUGGAAACACUUUUGGGAUCAAACUUUGACACGGAUGCAGUUCUUUGUACCAUUAAAUCGACUGAUGUUACUACAAUAAAAAAACGUGUGUGAAGGUUGUUAA